UGUCUAUUCUAUGUCUGUCUAUGACAGUAUGGCUGUCGAUUAAGCGUAGGGUAUUGGUGUUUUUUUUAUAAAAUUUGAGAAAAUAUUGUUUUCAUGUAAUAUACCUAUAAUAGUUACGUAUUAAUUAAUAAGUAUGGAAGCAUUGGGCUGACACUUUUUAGAUAUUAGAAACAGUCCUCUUGAGGAGUGACCACAUCCAAAGAACUUUGUGACCAUCCCACAGUGCAACUGAACAUAGUGCUCAAGGAAGAUGGCACAAGUAGGAGCUAACAUGGAGUACCAGGAAUACAAAUGGGCUUACUCAAUCAUGGACUCAUCCAAGGUGUCGGCGUGCUUGAUCUCAAUGCUGCUGAUUGUGUAUGGCAGUUUCCGCUCCCUGAACAUGGAGCGGGAAGCACGGGAGCGUGCUGAGAGAGAACGAGAAGCCUCACUACUAGGCGGGAAGCCGUCCACUGCGACGUCUUCUAAUAACAAUGUACAAACUCUAAACACAAUGCAAGCGCUGUGUUUUCCGCUCGGCUCGUCAGUGGCGCUACUGAUCAUGUUUUUCUUCUUUGAUUCAAUGCAGACUCUCGUUGCGAUAUGUACUGCAAUAAUAGCGUGCGCGGCGCUCGCGUUCCUGCUGACGCCGCUGUGCCAGUACGUGGCGGGCAGCGCGGGCGCGGGCCGCGGCGCCGUGUGCGGCCGCUACUCGGCGCCCGAGCUGGCCGCCGCGCUGCUCGCCGCCGCCAUCGUCGCCGUCUGGGUGCUCACCGGCCACUGGCUACUCAUGGACGCUAUGGGCAUGGGUCUGUGCGUGACGUUCAUCGCCCUGAUCCGGCUGCCGUCGCUGAAGGUGUCCACGCUGCUGCUCACCGGCCUGCUACUCUACGACGUGUUCUGGGUGUUCUUCUCGUCCUACAUCUUCACCACUAAUGUCAUGGUCAAGGUCGCCACCAGGCCGGCGGAGAACCCGAUGAACGUGGUGGCGCGGCGGCUGCAGCUGGGCGGCGCCAUGCGCGACGCGCCCAAGCUGUCGCUGCCCGCCAAGCUCGUGUUCCCCUCCAUGCACCACCAGGGACACUUCUCCAUGCUCGGUCUUGGUGAUAUCGUCAUGCCGGGUUUAUUGCUAUGUUUCGUGUUGCGAUACGAUGCUUACAAGAAAGCGACGUUGGUUUGCCAAAUGGGCCAGGUGCCUGGACCUAGGUCUAUGAGUUCCCGAUUGACGUACUUCCACUGCUCGCUGCUGGGUUACUUCCUGGGGCUGCUGACGGCGACGGUGUCGGCGGAAGUGUUCAAGGCCGCGCAGCCUGCUCUGCUGUAUCUCGUGCCCUUCACGCUGCUGCCACUGCUCACCAUGGCCUACGUGAAGGGCGAUCUAAGAAGAAUGUGGAGCGAACCAUUUAUAACACCACCGAACGGCAAGGGCGGCGCGGACUUCGAUGUGUGACUGGCUGCAAGUUUGCGCGUCAUUUACUCCGCUUGAAAGACUUCACCCCGCCGCCGCGUCGCGCCUGCAUUCGUACAGUUAGAUGUUAUACUCACUUACCGAGAUUGUCUAUGGAUUCUCUCUAUCGUAGAUUUUUACUUUUAUAUCUUAAUAUUGUGCUAAGGAAUUCUCAAUAUAUCUUUUCUAAAAAUAUAACAAAAAUGUUACCACCGCAAAGCAAAACAGAUAUAUUUCCAUAUAUGUGAGUUUUAGAACAAAAAAUUUAAAAUAAAAAUUGUGGACACAUUCUAUACUCUAAUGUAAAAUUACUUUGGCAUUAUUACACUAUUUACUAAUAAAUGAGUAUUCAUACUAACUGCUAGUGUGCAGGCCAAAUUGUGAAUUGAUGUUUACAGUAAUAUACAGAUGUAUCUAUGUUUAGGUUAGUCGAUACGCUUUUAUUUCGUUACUACGAUAUCAAUUGGCAUGUUACAGCACAGGGUAACUUUAAGACCUCUAAAUAACAUGUGUUAAUAUUCUAAGUGUCAGGACCAGAGCACAGAACUCUUGUAACUAAAAUAAAUUAUUCUAUGACAGUGAUAUUAGUCUCACAAAAUUAAAUACUCAAUUAGCGUUUCAUGUUUUAUGUACACAUAAACAUCAAAUAGUUCUAUAUACAGUACAAUAUGACACGAACUGGUAAUGUUGGCCCUGAGUAAAGCGAUUGUAAACAACUGAAAGUAUGGUGCCAAAUGUGAAGUACAUACAUUUACAGAACACAUAGCAUGUAUCAAGUGUUAAUGCAAAUAACUUUACUAAUAUUCAUCUGAAACUUGAGAAAGUAUUAUAAACUGACUAGCAUUGCAAGACUCGUGACAUGUGAGGUGCUAUUGUGCUGCUGAAACUUUGGUUUGUGUCUUAUCAUAAGGACUUUUUUAUUUUUCUUAUGAACAAAACAACAAUUCGAAAAUGCAUAGGUUUAAGAUCUUUCUAUGAGUCUCAUUUGUGUUAAAGUGUAGAUGGAUUUGAUAAUUUUUUACUACUUUUGUAAUACUAAGAAAAGUUUGUUUUAAAUAUAAAAAAUACAAUUUGUUGAUGUGAUGUCCAUGUUUUGCUUCACACUGUGUUUGUACUAAUUAUUCUGAACCAUGACAUCAUUUUGUUCGAUGUGGUCAUACUUUGUUGUCACUGCCUUAGACUGAUGUUUUCAAUGAAGAUUUUUUCUAUAAGUAUGUUAAAUGGAGUAUUAUAGACAAAAUGUUAGUCUAAAUUAUUUAGAGUAAGCUACUAACUAUUGUUGUUAUUAUUAUAACAACUGUAUUGUUGUUGUAAAUUAUUUGAUUGAAUUUAAUGAAACAUGUUAAGACACUACAUCGUAAGAGAUAGGUAUACUUGGUAUGUGUGAUUUAAUUUUUAUAACGUUUUAUAACAUUUUUUUAUUUACAUUUAAAUAGAUCAUUAUUUUAUAUUACGUAGUUGUUACUGAUAAGUUUAUUGUGAAAAUUAUGAAUACAUCAAAUAUAACUAUGAGCAGUAUUUGUAGUGACAAGUGAUAUUAUUUUAUUGAGGCUUAUAUUGGAAAGUAAUUAAGAGUAACAGUUUAUUUUACUUUUGAUUAAUUGUAUUUUUUCCAGUUUUUUUCUUUUACUGUAUCUGUAUGGUACAUUUCAUAAAGUAGAAUCUCGAUUUCAGAAACUGUAAUAAAAUAGUUUUGAUGUAUUUUUAUGAUGAUAUUAUUACGAUCACUUGCAGGUAUUUUCAUUGAUGUACAUACAUAAAGAAUAAUAUAAUAGUGUAAGAUUGAUGUUAAUGAAGUCCAUCACCCAUUUCAAGAGUAUGUAAAUAAUAUCACACACGACUCAUUACCUAUCCAUAAAACUGGGAAAAGGCAUUUAAUAUUUUUAUAAUGUAUUUGUAUUACUAGCAAUACUAAAUAAAAAUAUUAGAUGAAACUA